AUAUUUCAUAUACUGUAUAAUAAAAAAAAUGGCAGCACCUAGAACUAAUGGAAUACCUAUAAGCACGGUUAAUCCACAAUACCUCCACACAAACUCCACCAGUCACAAAUGGCCUUUCAGUGCGAUAGCAGAACUGAUUGACAAUGGUUUUGAUGUAAAAGCCAAGCAGUUCUGGAUUGACAAACAAAUUGUCAAAGGACAAAUCCGCCUUGUCUUCAUGGAUAAUGGUGCAGGCAUGGACUUUAAUGAGAUGCACAAAAUGCUCAGUUUUGGCUUCAAUGAUAAACAGAGAUUUAGGAACCAUGUUCCAGUGGGCCGGUAUGGUAAUGGAUUCAAGUCAAGUUCUAUGCGCUUGGGAAGGGAUGCUAUUGUGUUCUCCAGGAGAGCAGAUACCAUGUGUGUGGGGCUUCUGUCACAGACCUACCUUGAGGAAAUAACAGCUGAGAAUGUCAUAGUGCCAAUCAUCUCAUUCACACCUACUGGACAAACUUUUGAUGUUGAACCGGAGCAUGAGGCAAGUCUUCAGGCUAUCCUGAAAUACUCUCUGUUUAAUACCAAGGAGGAACUGCUGACUGAACUUAGGCUCAUUGAUGAAAAGAGUCCUCAAUCAACAGGAACACGUAUAAUCAUCUGGAACCUGCGCUACAGAACUAACUCAGUAUUAGAACUUGACUUCUCUCAAGACUUGGACAUCCGGAUUCCGGAUAACGCGUAUGAGAGCACCAUAGAGCAAAUGAGAUGGCAAGGCUCAUCAGUGCCUGAAAGUGAAUAUUCACUGCGGGCAUACUGCAGUAUCCUGUACCUGAUCCCAAAAAUGCAGAUUAUUAUUCGAGGGGAGAAAGUGAAAACUUUGGAGCGUGUUUCCAAAGGUCUAGCACACAUUUCUAAGGACAGAUACAAACCCAAAUUUCUUAAUCAUAGCAUUGAAAUCACCUUUGGGUACAACACAAAGAGCAAAGAUCACUAUGGCAUCAUGAUGUACCACAACAAUCGCCUUAUCAAAGCCUACGAACCCGUUGCCUGUCAACGCAAGGCAGAAAGCACAGGAGUGGGUGUUAUUGGGAUAAUAGAGUGUAACUACCUAAUUCCAACCCACAACAAGCAGGACUUUAUGCCUACAGAUGAGUACAGGAAAACCAUGCAGAUUUUAAACACUAAGCUUAAAGAGUAUUGUGGGAUUCUUCAAACAAACUCAGCUGUUAAGGAUAGUGUGAGUUGUGAUGCCGAACAAGAGCCCCAAGAUUCUGAAGAAGCAGACGAGAGUAGACAGCAUUUGUCUGGUGUGACAAAAAGACAGCAGCAGCCAUCUUCAUCAGACUCCAUUCUUCAGACUGGCCCUGCUGUCAAGAGUCCUGCAAGGUACAAAACACUUUUUUCCCCUAGUAACAUGAUGUUAAGAACCCCUAAACCAUUACAUUUGUCUAAUCUAUCUAGAAAUAAGAGAGCUCAAAACCAAGAUAAUACUGAGGCCAAAAAACCCAGAUUUGAUAGCAGGACAGCAGAUACAUCAGCAUCAGAGGCCUGUUCCUCAAAAACCAGAAACAUCCCUGAUAGUGAUGAUUGUGAAGCCGGGUUGCAGUUGGAUGACAAUAACAGUGUGAGCUCAGAGAAAUCCCGAGACCAAGAACUGCUGUUUCAGCAAGACGAAGAGGAGAUGAACCAGCUUCAACAUGAGCAAGAACAACUAAAAGAAAAGGUGAGCAAUCAGGAGGAUGAUACCUGCACGUUGUCUUCUGAAAGCAUGGAGAGUGAUUUAUACGAAAAUGAAAAUUUGAAUGAAGGACAAGAGAACAACAAUUUACAGGCAUACAAGACUACAUUGAAUGAACUUAGUCAACGUGUGGCGCAGGUUCUGUCUAAAUUUGUUCCUCCUCUGAAUCAUCAGAAAGUAAAUAAUGUUUGUCAAGACAUUGAUGAGAUUUUCAGAGGAGUUAUAGAUGAGAUCUCAAAGGCCGCCUCUACAUAAAGUGUAUGUUGGUAGUACAGAUGAGCCCCAGAUUUACAUUCAUUACUCAGCUGGUUAAUGUAUAUAUAGAUUUAAAGAUUCAUCAGCAACAAUUUUUCAGUUUUUAACUUUCCAGUUUCAUCACGCCUGUGCCCACUGCAGUCUUGUAUAAAUCCCACCAAUGUUAUUACAUGCAUGUCCCUGAAAAGUGUUUAUUGUAAUAAUAAUUUAGUUAAGGUUGGGCCUAUAUCUGCUAUUUCUGUUACUAGAAAUGAUAGCUUCCGCUCUGACAAAUAUAAAUGGAUGCAACGGGGGAGAAACAUUAGAAAUUUGUCUCCCAUCUGUUUUUCUUAAGCCACUUCAGUCCAAAAUUAAGGUUGUUGCUGCCUUUUGGGAGCCACUUUUAUUUUAAUCACAAGGCCUAUAUUAAUUUAAAUAACAUAGUUAAUCCAGAUAUAAACACUACUAAAAGUAAAAUGUAAUCUGUAAUAAAGGGCAGUUAAGUUGUGUUUAAUAUCUUAUUAUACACCAUAUAAUACAAUCAUUAAAAUAUAUUACAAAACCAAUAAACUACCACUCUAAAAAACUACAAAAUUAGCCAAUAAAAUUAUGCUUAGUGCUCUAAUUCUAACCAAACCCAGUGUAUAAUAAUUUAAUCCUAACCAAACCCAUAAUAUAUCCUAACCAAAUAUAUGUGCAUAAAAACGUAUAUAUAUAUAUAUAUAUAUAAACUUUUUUAAAUCUUAUUAUAGUGAUCUACAGUAAUGCUAAGCUCAACAUCUUUAAAGUUUUCUCUCAUUCUGGACAAAGGAAUAAUAAUUUUUGGCAAUAGUGUACACACAUAAGUAAGGAUACAGAUACUGACCAUGGGUAAAAUGAUCAUGUGUCUGGAAGAAUGGAACUUGUAUGAAAAUGAAAUGUUCAACUAAUGUGUGAAAACCUGCUAUGUGAAAUGUUGAAUCAAUCAAGGUUAGACACAUGUGAUUCUCUGCUGUUUUGUUGUGUGGGAUUUGUUUCAGUUAAAGCUUUUUGUAACAGGCCUGGUCUGUUUUUUAUGGUAAAUAAACUCUGAUGCUUCAGGU